AUGUUGUAUCAAACUCUCCUGUGGGCCACCUUCCUGGUUUGUGCUACUGUUGAAGCUCAAGAUGCUACUGAUAGCAAGCUCGGCCAGCUCCAGGCUGCUACAAUUGAUACAGAAGGGCAAACGGAAACAACAGACAACGGUGUCCAAGCGAAUUCCAACAACUCUCUAAGAGCAGGUCCGAGAGGAUAUGUCUUAUUAGAGGAUACUGUGGUGCGAAAGAAGUUGCUGCACUUUGACAGGGAGCGAGCUCCCGAACGUGUUGUACACGCGCUAGGCCAUGGUGCGUAUGGCAUGUUCCAAUCUUAUGCCGACUGGAGCAACUUGACAAUGGCCUGUUGGUUGCAAAAUAAUGCAACUAGCGAGGUCUUCACAAGAUUUUCCGUUGUUGUUUCAAGCACGGGUGGAAGUGAGGUCCAGAGGGACACACAUGGUUUCGCGACGAAGAUAUACAGUCAGUGCGGCAAUCAGGAUCUGGUUGGCAAUCACGUCCCAUCAUUCUUCAUCAAUGAUGGCUCCGAGUUUCCUGAUUUGGUUCACUCUGUGAAGUUUGAAUCGGACAAAGGCUUCCCAACAGGCGGCUCUGCGCAUACCACUGCUUAUGACUUUUUCGCUCAACAUCCAGAAGGCGCAGCUCAGCUUAUGUACGUGCUCUCAGACCUGGGUCUUCCAAGAGACGUACGACAUAUCAGUGGCAACGGCGUACAUACAUAUCGCUUCAUCAAUGGGCAAGGCAACUCUACAUUAUUCAAAUGGUACUGGUUACCGGUUCUUGGCCAUCGAAGCUUGGUGUAUGAUGAAGUCACCACCCUGGCUGGGAAGAACGCCAACUUUCAGCGUAUUGACCUCUACAACAAUAUUGCCAACGGGAUUUUUCCUGAGUGGGAGUUUGCUGUGCAGCUAUUCCCAGACGACGGCACGUACAUGUGGCAGGGUUACGACCUGACCGAGCCAACUCAGAUUAUACCCUUCGAGGAUAACCCGCCAAUGAAACUGGGAAAGCUUACACUGAAUCGCAACCCAACUAAUUUCUUUGCGGAGCCUGAAUCAGUCAGUUUUGCUCCAUCAAAUGUGGUUGACGGUGUCUCGUGGGUUCCAGAUGCCCUCUUGCAAUGGCGUUUGAUGGCAUACGAUGACACAUCGACCCAUCGACACAACAGUCCGAACGGCUACACUCUCCCAAUCAACAGACCCAUUGCUCCGGUCUACAAUAAUUAUCGAGACGGAUACAUGCAGCCCUCGCUGUUCAAAGGAGAAUCUACUUCAAGCCCAGAUGGUCUUGGUGGCGUGCAACCUGCCGGGCCCGCACAGGCCCUCAUGUAUGCUGGAAUCUCUGGCACAGGCAAAAUUGGUCGAUACCGAAACCUGAAUUACGACUGGGCGGCUCAAGCCCGAGCUUUUUGGGGCACUCUGGACGCAUAUGGCCAGCAGCACCUGGUCGAUGGUUAUCGCUUCGAGCUGGGCCAUGUUACUGACCCCAACGUUACCAUGACCUACAUCAACACCAUUCUCAACCCAAUCGACAAUUGCCUUGCCCGAAGGGUUGCAUACGGGAUUGGGGCUGUGAUGCCCGCACUGGGAACUGGCGGCCCCAUAACUCAGCCUGGAAGUAACAAAAGCUACCCAUCCCUCUAUCCUCUCAACCCUGGUGUGGAGUCCAACAAAUCCAAUGCUGGUCUCACGGUUGCCAUCAUAGCCGACGACAACAUGUUGACUGUGUCUGAUUUACAAGCCAUGGAGCCAAUCCUUUCCUCACAACAAGUUGGAUUUGAUAUUGUUGCCCCUCAUGUAGGGAUGCUCGCAUCAAGUGUGAACGCCACAAGUUCCUACACUCUCACGAGCGAAGUCAUGUAUGACGCCGUAUUCAUUGGGUCUUCUGCCAAUGGAAGCAUCUCUACGACGCCUAACUCGAUGGCAGCAAGCCACUUCAUUCUUGAUGCUUAUGCCCAUGGGAAGCCAAUUGCGGCGCUUGGCUCCAACGGAGCACAACUUCUCCAGCAUCUACAGCUAAAUGCCAAUUCAUCCAUUGGCCUGUAUACCGGGAACGUGCCAACGGUGACAAUGAACGUCCUGAAUGCGUUGAGUGGGCCAGCCAGAUUCUUCCAGCGCUUUCCAGUGGACGACCCAGCGAUUUGUUUGUAA